AUGUCAAAUCAUGGCGAAGAUAUGGAUACCAUCGAUGGGGUGGUACCUGUGUACCAGCACGCCGAUCAAGUCUCCCAACCGUGGAAAGGUGUUGGACCUAGGCCUCAGCAAUGGGCCAAUAUCAAAGAUAUCUUCACCCAGCUGUACAUUAGUGAAAACAGAAAGCUAAAGGAUGUUAGAACGAUCUUGUGCAAAAAGCACGGUUUCAAUGCUAGCGAGAAGAUGUUCAAACGGCGAAUUACAGAAUGGAAGAUCCACAAGAAUUACAAAGCAAAGGACAAAGAAUUUCUGGCGAAACGCGUCAAGGCAUACGUGGAUGCUGGACACGAUAUUCAGUCGAUCUCAUUCCGUGGAAGGCCACUGAAGCUUGAUCGAGUCAAACGGCAUUGUCGCAGCGACAAAAGGUUCACUCAACUUUGGGAACAGCUGUCCCAAAGUCCAGAAUCCAUUUCUCUCGGAGAUAUCACAAUCAAGGACGAGUCGCCGUCUCUCGUCAUAACCAGGUCAAGGACCCUUCCAAACUCUAGCACAUCACCCGAGAAAUCUGAUACCUGUAUGCAAGAUGAAAAUGGUAGCAGAUUCGGCACCAUGACAGUCAACAUUCUCCCGCCGACUGAUCUGUACAAUAUGCAAGCUGCCCUUUUCUACACCCGAGAGGCAGUCCAAUGGCAGUUCACGACUUUCAACUGA